GCUCCUGGCUGCAGAAGCUGCCGCAGAAGAAGCGCGGUGUUAGCUUCUCUCCGGGUUUCGUUCAAACCGUCAAACCGGACAAAAAGCUCCAGAAGCCGGUCUGCGGUCUGUCCCCGGCGGCCCUCCGCUCCACCUCCUCCAUCUGCGGGCCGCCCGGUGGCCUCUGCUUGAGGAAGAUGUACCGCGGCCGUCCUCCGCUCAGAGGUGGCUACCCGCCGCCUUUCGAAGGCCGUCCGCCGCCUCCCAGGCCUUACCAUGCACCGGGGUUCCGGCACGACCGAGGCCGGCCUAGACCGCCUUACCACCCCGGGUACCACGACCACGGCCACGGCCCACCGGGCCCAUUCCGCCGUUCCCCGCCGCGCAGGAGGUACCCAUCUCCCGGGGCUGGCAGCCACCGUGGCGGGGAGUACCGGGCCGGAGGCCCGCCCAGAGAGAGGUCUCCCUCGCCUCGCAGUUCGAUUCCUAUCGACCACAACCUGGUCAUCACCGUCGGCAACGAGCUGACCGGGCCGCCGGGUCCCGCCCCCUCUCGUCACCUGGACAGAGACUACCCUCCCCGGCCCGAGUACGAGCGUGGCCGCAGUCGAGGCCGCAGCCCGGACCGCAGCCGAGCGAAGAGCCGGGGGCGGAGCAAGAGCCGGCCCCGCAGCCGCAGCUACAGUCCUGACCGGAGUCGAGCGAAGAGCCGGGGGCGGAGUCGCAGUGGCAGUCCUGAUCGCAGCAGAGCCAAGAGCCGAGGGCGGAGCAAGAGUCGCCCUCGCAGUAGAUCCCGGUCCAGGUCCAGGUCCAGAUCCAGAGGGAGGAGCCGGGGGCGGAGUCGGGGGCGGAGCCGGGGGCGGAGUCAGGGGCGGAGUAAGAGCCGUCCAAGGAGUCACAGUCGGGGCAGAGGGCGUGGUCGCAGCAGAAGCAGCAGCUCGAGUUCCAGCAGCUCCAGUGCCGAGAAGUCCCGUGAACAGUUCACAGAGCUGGAGAAGGCUCGGCGGCGGAAGGAGCUGGAAGAGAUGCUGAGUCUACCCACCAAGUCCAUCCUGAAGAAACGCAACAACUCAGAGGACUCGCCCUCAGUCCGGAGCGCCGACUCUCCCCGAGGUUUUGACAGCUCCAACAUGUCCCGGAUGGCCGACCAGCUGCUGCAGGCCGUGAAAGGCAUGGAGCCCCACAUGGUGGCGUCCUUGAUGUCUGAGCUGAGGUCUGACCCUACGAUGACCCACAACCCCGAAAUUAAAGAGAUACUCAACUUGCUGGGAGGGGGAGGGCCAGGAGACCCUGCUCAAGCCAAAGCUGAAGAUGACAUUGAUGACGAGGAAAAGUUCUUGUACGGAGACUCGGAGGAACCCAAACCUGUCAUGGCGCCGGAGUCAAGCCGCCACUUCAGCAUGGACCUGUACGCAGACGUGACAGAGGACACGCUGUACGGAGAACACCUGCCGCAGAAGCCCACCCAGAUGUACGCUGUCCCUUCGGGGCCGUCUGCUUACCACCAGCCUGCUCCCAGCAUGCCUGAGGCGGACCUUCGAUACGUUACCAGGCCGACUGUCGGCGCCGAUCAGAAUGUCUCAGCCCAGAUGUCAAACGCCGCCUGUCCACCUGGGAUGGAGCCUCUGGACGAGAGCGAACACCAGGCUCUGGAGGAGUAUGAGAAAAUCCAGGACCUGCUGAAGACCAUCGGCCUGGACCUGGGUGUAGCAGACAUCAGCAAGAUGGCUGCCAGGACGAAGGAGCGUCUCCAUGGGAACAAACCGGAACCCAAGACUCCCACCCGCCGCAGACGGUACUCCUCCGGGAGUUCGUCCGACAGCCGGCAUACUCGGGGUCGCAGGAGGCGGAGUCACAGCGGCAGCUCCAGCAGCAGCAGUGCCAGCGACCGCCGCCAGCACGGCCGCAGCUGGAGCAGCGAGGACCACGACGACCGUAAGAAGUCCCUGGCGCCGCCCAAAGCCCAGAAAGACCGGGAGGUCAAAGAGACCAAGGCUGAGCAGAGUGAUCCGAGGCCACCACUGGGACCUCCACUGGGACCACCUCCGACCGCUGACCCCAGCACCGCCGCCCCUCACGCUGGAGUACCCAUCCCGCCGUACCCCCCUCCCAAUGUGCAUGGCAUGAUCCCCCCCAGCUAUACGCCGCCAGCUUAUGGCCAGUAUGGGAACUACCUUCCCUACAUGCACCAGCACUGGCCUCCUCUCUACCCUCCACCGGGCAUGAAUCUGCCUCCUCCACCCACCGAGUUUCCGCCAUCUGUGCCCUACAGCAACCUGGCACAGGAGCCUGGGGUGAAAGGGUUGAUGAAAGCUCAGGACCAGGAAAGAGCAACUGUUUCUGAAGCGGAGAACAACGAGAGCCAGAAACAGAAGGUUCUGGAGGAGCGGGAAAAGCUGAAGGAGGAGCGGGAAAUUCGGAUGAAGAAGAAGGAAUAUCUGAUGAAGGAGCUGGAAGUACUGAGGAAGCAGCAGGGUGAGCUCCUGAGGAAGAAGCGCCGGGAGAAGGACGGACACAAGGACCCUCUGCUGCAGGAGAUCAACCGCCUGCAGGAGGACGUCAUGACUCAGAUCUCAAACCUGCGCAAGGAGCACGAGGCUGCAGAGAAGAAACGCAGCGAGAUCGACAAGGUGGCGCUCAUCCUGGGCCUCAGCGUGACCGACAGGCCGCGCAAGAUGGCCAACCCUCCCGAGGCCCUGGACGACGAGCCCGUUAAGAGCAAGAAGCGAGAGGUGGAGAAGAGCCAGGAGGAGCAGCUAACGGCUAGCAGCUCCACCGCCAAGUCUGAGGACAGACUGGUGGUUACAGCCCAGGCUCCGCCUCCAGCUCAGGCUCCGCCCCCUGAGCCCUUCGAAUACUACGAUGCAGGAAACCACUGGUGCCAGAAAUGCAACGUCACCUCUGGCUCCAUGUUUGACUUCUUCACACACUUGCAGAGCAAAUCGCAUCGAAAGACUCUCGAUCCAUAUGACCGGCCGUGGGCCUCAGAGCAGACCAAAACCCUGAAGGGGGCAUCGGAGGAGAAGCUGACCAAACCAGCCAAAGGUUCAGAAUUUCUUCUUCCCGUCAGAGGUUUCUUCUGUCUGCUGUGCCGACAGUUUUAUGGAGACGCCAUCUGUGCAGAGGAUCACGUGACCUCGCAUGCUCACAACGAGAAAUAUAAGAAGCAGAUGUAUGAAAACCCGCUGUACGAACAGAGGAGGAAUCUGGACCGCCAAGCUGGGCUGUCGUCAGAAAACAGCGGGAAGAAACGCAAGCGUGACGAUGAGGAGAAGGGCGGCAAAGAUGAGGACAAGACCAAACACAAGAAGGAGAAAAAGGAGAAGAAAAAAGAGGAAGAAGAGAAGACCAAAGGGAAGGAUAUCGAGGCGGAGAGGGUCAAACAGAAUAAGAAGGAGGAGAACUCAAAAAGCAUGAAAGUUCCAGAGCAGGAGAGCCCCGUUUAUAACAAGAAGAACGGAGACGACAAGUACAAAUACAAGAAGGAGGACAAGUACCGGUACAGCCAGGAGAAUGAGGAGCGGGCCGACCGGUACAGAUACAGCCGAGAGGAUGACUACCGGCAACGCUACCGGAAGGAUGAGGAGGAAGACAAGUAUCGAUACAGUAAAUAUCCAGAGUCUAAAUUCAAAUAUGAGAGAGAGCGGGACGAUGGAAAACUCAGGACGGAGGAGGAAUUUAAAAAAUCUGAGCCCGUUAAAUCAGCAAGCAAACCAGAGGCCAGCAAACCCGAACAAAUCCCGCCACCAAAACCCUACGACCCACCCAAGAUCUUCUGUGGACCCAGUCCGGCCAUGAGGGCCAAGCUCCGCAAGCAGAGCCUGGAGGCUGGCAAGUCGGUGCCAGCCGGCACCUCCUUUGGAAAGUUCAUGUGGAGGAAGAAGGAGACGGUGCUGGAAAAGGAGGCAAAGAAAGUUGCUGCUGAGUUCAUCAAAGAUGACGAGGAGGCUACCAAGGGCCCGGCGCUCUCAAGUGAUGAUUCAUUCGCUAAGUCGAUGGCUGUAGCUAAGGAGAUUGCCCAAAAGCUGGCAGGCCAGCAGAGUGGGGCGCCAUCCUGGGUUUCCAGUGCGGCUAACCGUGGUCGGAUCCGACCAAACUUCACCAGACCAGUUGGAUUCCAGAGUAGAAACCCCAAUAUUGGAAGACUCAAUCCCCUGAACGCUUCUUUCCCCGCCAGACCUCAAACCGGUGGUGUCUUUGGGCCCCCUCAGACGGAGGGUGUGUCGCCUCCUGCUGUGGUCUCAAAUUCUCCAAUUUUUCCUGUAGCUGGUCCUUCAGAGACGGUUCGUCUGAUGCCUCCACCGCCGGCGCCUAAACCUCCCAAACCAGCUUCCACCCAGAAGAAGCUUGAUCCAGAGUCCCCUCUGACUAUAAGUCCAAUGCAAACGUUAGGAUCACAAGCAUCCGACAAACCCUCAGCUCCAGCGUCUGGACCGGUGCUGCCUGAGGCAAAGCCUUCGCCGACUAAAGCUGCCCCUGCCCCCCCUGCUGAAGCCAAGGUAACUCCCACACAGGAGACCAUGAUAGAGAUUGUGUCUGAUGUUGCUGCUCCGGGGGUUCCGGAGGAUGAGCAGACUCGUACAGUGUUUGUUAAGCCACCACCUUUCAUGAAAAUAAGUGAAGGACACCAGAAGUUUGAAAAAUCCAAGUCCAACAUGGCAGCAGCAAAAGCUCAGGACUUACUGGGAGUGUUCUAUAGGAGCAUCGGUCAGUCUGGACCCUCUGUCACAAAACCGGCGCCAGACAGCACCACUGACAAGAGCCAUCCUCUGUCACUCCCUCAGCCAAACUCCCAGCCAAAACCUGAAUCAAGUCCACAACCCCACCCACAGCCUAAACCAGAACCCGAACCACAGUCUGUACUCCAGGAUAAAUCACAAGUCCACCCAGGUCCUAAACCGGAACCCCAACCAAAGUCUCUACCCCAGCCUGAAUCACAGCCCCACCCAGAGCCUGCACCAGAAACUAAACCAGAGCCUCUACCCCAGCCUGAACCUCAGCCUCACCAAGGGCAGACGCCAGAGUCUUUACUGCAGCAUGAUCCACAACCACAAACCCAGCCUGAUCCAGAGUCUUUUCUGACUAGAAGUCCACUGCCAGAACCCCAUCCAGAGUCUCUACCCCCGACUAAACCACAACCUCACCCGCAGCCUACACCAGAAACCCAACCAGAAUCUUCAAUCCAGCCUGAAUCACAUCCACAAAGCAAGUCUCAACCAGAGCACCAAACCCAGUCUGAGCAGGAGCCCCUCUCUUGCUCCAGACCUCAAACUGAGGGCCAAAAAAUGUCACAUGGAGACAUAAAUGGCUCCCCAACGAGUCCCCUAACCCGGACCAAUGUAGACAUCCAGAUUUCUUCUGUUUGGUCCAUGCAGAGCACCGCAACUCUGGUGGCUUCACCUGAAAAAAUCACAAAUACAGACCAACCAAACCAGUCUACAGCUCCCGAGAUUGAGUCCAUGCCCACAUUGGCUCCUCAAGUCCAGACAGAGCUACGUUCUGAGCCUGAACCAGAUCUUCCUGAGAAGACCCCAGAACAUGAACCCAGACCAGGUCCUAAAACAAGAGCCAAGAGAACCCCUCCCGCCCCCCGCCCUACCCGACAAACCAGAUCUCAAACCAGAUACCAGACCCGGCGGCAGCAGCAGCAGCAGGAGGAUCAGUGCCAGUUGGAACCAGAACCUGAGCCAGUUUCAGGGGACUUGGAUACGUCAGACCUGAGCUCAGAGUGUCAGCUGGAGCUGGUUCCACCCAGUGAGGAUCCUGAGACCAUGGAGGUCACCGCGCAGACUAUGGGGCUCCCCGCUGACAUGACCUACCUGGACUUUGACUACACUUUUAAUUUUGAGUAGAUUUUCCUUGUUUUUGGAACAUUUGGUGUGUCCACGACCUUCCUCUCCUCCUGUGGAGUUGCAGGCAGCUUAAAGAGACUUCUCCGGACUCCAGAGUCUGUCCCUGUCACAAUAUACCCAAACUAAAGUAGGAUGUUUAGUUUCCUUAAGUUUGUUUCCCAUCCAGACCUCACAGAUGACUGGAUGAUCUGUUUUUUCUGUUGAUUUUGGUUAAUAAAUACAGAUUCCAAGUCAAAAGACGA